AUGGAAGCGCCGGCGUCGGGGGCGGCGGGGCAGCGGGCGCGCCUGCGGAAGCCCAAGUUCACGCCGGACCAGAUCCGGGUGCUGAUGGAGUGCGUGGUGGAGCACCGGGCGGUGCUGUACGGCGAGGAGAUGGGCCCGGUGUCCGUGCGCAAGCGCGUCUGGCAGGAGGUGACGCAGGCCGUCAACCGCGUCAGCCACACGCAGCGCAGCAAGAGCGAGGUGCAGAAGCGCUGGCAGGACGAGCGCCGCCGCAUCCGCCACCGCGCCCACGACCUGUGGAGGGCGCUGGCCGAGACCGGCGUGCCCAUGGGCCACCUCACCCCGCUGGAGGAGGCCGUCCUGUCCACCUUCGACGAGGCCGCCGGGAAGGACCCUCUGGAGGCGGGGUCCGGGGCGGGGGCGGUGUCGAGGGUAGGGGCGGGGGUGGGGUUAGGGGCAGCUCCGCCCCCUCAAGCUGCCCUCCCCCAGCAGCCCCUGCUGGAGGACCUGCGUGCGUCCCAGCAGCCCAGCCCUGCCCCCAGCCAGCUCACCUCCAUACCAGUGGUCUGUCUGCAGGACAUCAAGCUGGAGCCUGUCGAGACAGUGAGCCCAGCAGGGGGCGGUAGCGGGCCCCAGGACUGGAAAUUUGAGUGGACGGUGGAAGAGGCGUCGGUGGCGUCCCCGCAGGCUAACUCCGCCCCCACGGCCCCCAAAGCGCCGCAGCCGACCCCCCCGCAGUCCCCGCCUGAGACCGCGGCGCUCCGCGCCUCCCCGGCCAAUCGGACGGGAGCCUGCGUGACCUGGCCGCGCGGGAGGAGGCUCGGACCCUGGCGGCAGCGGCAGCGGCGGCGGCGGGCUCCGGACGUGCCCGGCUGCGCAGGCCUGACCGCCUGCCUGCGCAGGGUGGCGUCCGGCACGGCGGGGCUCCGGCGGGAGCUGCGCGCGCUCUCCGACAGCGUGCUGACGCUCCGCGGCGAGCUCCGCGCCCUCGCGGGGGCCGUGUCUGCCGUCGCCGGCGUCCUGCAGGGUCGCCACGGCCACCAGAGCACCGAGCGCCAUCCCGCCGGCGACUCCGGCCAGGCUGCUGUCGAUAGCAGUACACCGCCCUGAUGGAGACGUUGCUAACGGCAACACAGGAAGUGCUCGGGAACAGAAAGAAAGGAACAGGCACCAACCGGCGACACAGCAGAGUUUCUAAAUCGCCCACCGUUCCCUGGGAAGGCGAUACCUCCUCCUUAUUGGGGGAGCUCCCUGCAGCGUUUGGUGACUUAUUCAGCAUUUCUUUUACAAAUUACAGCUCUCUUCCAUUUGCCUUCAUGCACAUUAAGACAAAUUAGUGAAGGAUUUCUGUAACUGCUGACUUAAAAAGCAGUUCAGCUUUUCAUUUGCCAAAUAAUUUGACUGUAAUUUGCAUUGUCAAUGCUUUUCAUGCUAAUGGUAACACAGUUACUGCGUCAGCCAAUGGGAGAUGGAGAUAGAGGAGAGAGAAUCGCGACAGUGUCGUGCUAGCCAAUCAGAUUUUGGCUUGUGCUGGAAGCUUAGACAGUUUUCACCUUGUUCUAAAAAACAAACAAAAUGUGCCUUUUAUGUUUGUUUUUUAGAAGUCCUGCUGGCUGCCAGAAGAGCUGCAUCACUGCAGACACCUACCGCUAACAGCACACAUGGGAGCAAAGUCCACCUCAAUUUAGGCAUUUCAGGAAAUUAAAACUCAAUUAAAAUAUUAAAAAAUUAAAAUUCUCUUAAUUAUUUUAAAAACUUGGAAUUGAAUUACAAUGAAUUUCCUGAAUUGAAUUUGGCAGCCCUAGAAGAAAAGAUGAUUUCAAAGGGUCGUUCUUUAGAAUCUACUCAGUGACCCUUUUUAAGGGAUAAAUUUAAGGGAUGAGGAUACUUUAGGUCCUGGUCAUGCAGUCGGAUUAGUAAAGGAUUUCGGCUCAGCAGUCUGCUUAAUGUUACCAACCACAAACUGUACUGUGACGACUUGUACCCUUCAGGGUUUCGCAUUUUUUAGCAGCAUAAACAAACUGAGCGGUCUUAAAGAAAAUAAAUGAAAAACAAGCG